UAGAAAGUAUCAACCGAUGUGUACUACCGAUCAGUCGUUUCGUGUCCGCAUGUGUAGUAGCACGCGGCGAUUGUCUGCGAAAACGUGCGUUCAUUUCGAUUUAAGAAUCGUCUCAUUUAUUAUUUUUGAAUUGUACUUUGUUUAAUUAUCCAAGUGCUUUAUGUGUAUUGACAGCUUGUGAAACUUGUUAUUCCGUCACAAGUAAAACAACAUUUAUUUUUUUAAUUUUGGUGUGUUAAUAAAUCAUUAUAAUCAUUAUGUGGAUUACAAUAAUUAUGACGGUCACCAGAGUGUUGAAAUAUGAAUGAUGCAUUCCGAAGCAUUGGUUUGGUUGACGACGGGAAUUGGCGGUCCUCUGUCGAUAGUAUGGCUGUGCUGGGCUAUUCUGGUUCUUUGGUUUGGCCGAGGCCAGUGGCGACCGUCAGACCCGCUGUUAAUCGCAUUGCUCGGUGAGGCUAUUGCCAAGCAGAUAGCUUCAUCUUCCGGAUCAGCGUUAUCGCUGUUCAGGCCAGACGAACCAGCCUUAUGCAGUGCAGUGCAAUGGUUGUGGACGGCGGCACAUACUAUGCAAGCCGGUACUUUAGCUUCGUUAGCGUUGAUGGCUGGAUUAAGACGCAAAAAAAGUACGGUGGCAGCUGGCGGACGACCACUAUUACUCUAUCACCUAGCUAGUCUUUCUAUAGUGAGUGCAUGUGUUGGAGCCGCCUCACUUAUCGCUCAGGCUGAUCCGUGCGCUCCUCCUACGGACAGGCGUUACGCUGUUUUUUCCCUUGUACUACACGCAUCCUUAGCUGUCGUAGCUUUAACUUCCGCAGCAUUAGGUUGCGCUGCCGGCCGUAAGAAAGGUCCGCCUAAUCCUCUACUUGUGAGCUCAUCUUCUGAUUUGUCCUCGUGCAUGUCAGAUCUAUCCACAGUGUCUAGUUGUAGUCGUGGUGGUAUCCGUCACAGUGUCAGCGACUGUAGUGAUCGGGUGGUACCCUAUCGAAGCGACUGUGCGCUGGUGCAAGAUUUAAUGCGCCUUCCGACGUCACCAGCUAAUGGUGCACCUUUGACGUUUUUAAACGGUGGUCCUAGAGCUCUUUUGCAUCAAGAUCACCGUCAUCAAUUCAAUCAUCAGGAUGAUACGCUUCGGCGAUUAGACGAGACCAAGAGACUUAUCGAUACGAAUGCCAUGGCCACUACUGGUACACUCGAUAGUUAUGCCACUUCUACAAUGGGCUUACCGCCAUAUAAGUACGGAUCCAGAUAUCUCCCGUCCACUACAUCUAUGUCCGCAUCGUCAACGAACAGCCGAGCGCCGUGUUUGGCCAAAAAAGUAUCCCUAGUUCAGGACGUAUCCAUCGGAUAUGCUGUGGCAAUAUUGUUUAUGUGCUAUUUUGUGGAUCACAUACCUGUACUGAUGCUACUGGCUUGUGAACAUUUCAUGACGUCCAGCCUCACGAUAGACAUCGAAUAUGAACCGGUGGUGAAAAAUUUCCCCAUGUUGGCGGCAUUGGCCGAAGCUUGUCUUUGGCCCAUUGUGUUGCUACUGUUCGAUGACCAAUUCGUGCCCAGACUGUCUAACUUGUAUCGCAGGCAGAGUGCUUCGGACAUGGCGAAACCCCCUCAAGGUUUACAUGGAAAGUUCCGACCUUACAACGGUUCACUUCAAGAUACCCGUAGGCCCCCAUCGUCCAACAGCGGUGGGGGAGGAGGUUCGGCCGGCGGCGAGUCAGCAUCCGCGGCACACCGGUUUCCAAUUACCAACGGAUCGCUGUUUGCCAGUUUGGACGGACGAGUUCCGGUUCUGCAUCACUACAGACGAGGUGCUAGAGCAAUGAGCGGCUUGUUGGUUUCCUCUUCAUCACCAUCGCAAGUACCGUGUUCGUCUCCACAUUUCAUUCACACUCAAAAUUCAGCGAGUCAGUCAUCACCACUGUGCUGUUCGGCAGCUGAAGAUGAACAUUUUCACCAUCGACACCAAAAUCGUCAUCGAUUCACCAACAUGGUUGUCGCGUCUCUGGCCGAGAUUGAUUCGUUGGCGUGUAAAGACGAUUGCGCUACACCGGCGGACAGUCUAAACGAAGUGCAGCAUGACAUGCGCCAGCGUUUACCACAGAAUUUACAACAGCUUCGCGAGAAGUUGUUCGCCGCCGACGACGAAGACGAGGAUGCAGCUGUUAGUACGGUAGACCUCGAUGUCGAGGACGCCGGUGCUGUACCAGCGACAUUGGACUCUUCGGAUGAUAGUGAGGAGGGUAACCGGUACGAUAACGACGACGAUAACGACGACGACGUCGAAUACGCGACUUUGUCCGCGCGCAGUGUUUGUUCUGCCACGACAGCCGCAAACGACGACUUUGAAUAUUUUGCGGCCGCGUCCGGAAAGAGAUCCACGGCCAAAGCCAAUAACCGUGUAAAUUACCAGCGCGCGCCAACUAGGCGGGCGAGGCAUCAACACCAACAGAACCAAAGACACUCGAAACCGUCGCCAUUACCACCUACCCCUCCGACGCCUCGGAGGCCUAGGCCUCGGUUGACUACUAUGCUGUCCGUCGAUUCAUUAGUGACCGCACGUACCGAACACAACAAUUUCGACCAUCAUCUUAUCUCGUCUCCUGUCCAUCGUCAUCGCCAUAAUCAACAACAACGACACAGGGCUGGUAGAAGAAUGGGUGGUCGAGGCCAUCAUGGCGGCAGCGUACCCGACUUGAAACGCGUUUUCAUCACAGAUUUCCUUUGAUUACUUGUUUUAGAAACAAAACGUACAGGACUAUGAAAAAACAUGAAAUGAAAAUUAUUUGCGUUAGCCAAAUAUAAGGCUAGUCAUUUUUCAGUUCAGUCCUUAUACGAGUUGCGUUCAAGUCAACCUUGUUUUUCAUCUACAAUGAUGUUAUUUAUGUAAUAUUUAAAAUAAUGUUUAACUAUAUUUACAUGUUUUUAAUGUACUAAAGUAGUCUGAACGUACUAAAAUUAACUUUGAGUUAAAUGAGAAAUAAUUAAAACAUUUUUUUAUUGCUUUUGUGUAUCCGGGUGUGUCAUUGUGGUAGACAUCUGGAGGAAAAGGAUUUAUUUCCUCUUUGUUUAAAGAUAUAACGAACGCAUGUGUUUCCACUUCUAUUAUUAACCACCACUUUGUGUAUUAUUUUACUUGCAUUUAAAUAAUAUAAUUUUUUCAUCCUUCUGAGAAGAUAGUUGUUAUAUUUGGUAUAUAAUAAAUCGGACGCUAGUUAUAGUUAUAUUUUUUAACUAACUCAUGGAAAUAUUUAAAAAUUUUAAUUCAAUUUAUCUCUUGGACAUAUCUAAUAUCCGUUUUACUUAAUAGACAUUUUGUUUAUAGUUUGAAAAAUAAAUUAACGUGUGGUGCCAAUUUAUGUUUUAAUGAGUAUAGAUUAAGUUUCCGACAUGUUAAGCAUACAUAAUUAUUAGUUAAAUUUUAAUCAAUUUUUGAAUUUAUAUAAUUUUUAAUAUUAUUAUUUUGUUGUAAAUAAGUUUGUUUUUGUUUUCAUGUAUUAUAUCUAUUUUCAAUAUUUGUUCACUAGUAUUACCUGUUACUUAGAUUAAAUUUAUUUUAUGGACAAUUUAGAUUUAAGUUUAACUUUAUUAAUACAUCUUCGGUUACUUAUGUAUUAUUAAC